AUGCCGUAUACAGGCAAAUCUCUAGAUUACAUAAAGGAGACUGUUAUGAAAAGCGAAUUUGCGCCCCAUACAGCGAUUCAGAUCGCUUGCCAAACACAUCUGGCUUUGAAAAAUCUACACGAGUUAGGCUACAUUCAUCGAGAUGUAAAGCCGGACAACUUCGUCGUCGGCAGGUCAGAGACAACCUUCAUUCAGUUGCUUCUAACGACAAGGGUAGAUACUAAAAAGAUAGGAGGUGAUUACUACCUGAAGGUAGAGAACGAGUUCAUCUUUCUCUCGCUGUAUGCUACGUAA